AAACUGUGGGAGUCAGUAUGUGCAUAGCAGUAAAUCAACCUUGGAUGAACUUUUUCUUUAUAAGUUUAAGUAUGUGUUAAAGAAUAUUUAAGAUGGUUUAGGGGUGGUUUUAAAUAAAUAUAGCAUUCAUGACUCGGAUACAGAACAGAGGCUGUAUACUACCAGAACGGACGUAGCCAAAUAUGGGCGACCUAAUCGGAUCGGACGGUGACGGCGCGCCGCUGCUGCUUAUCAGCAUGGCUGUCGGCGCGCAUCUGGUAAUCAUGGUCAUCGUAAUGUAUUACGCCUGCUGUCGAAAUGGCUGCUCCUGUAAAGUCACCAUUGAGAACGAUAAUCUGGCGUCGCGCGAACGUGAUAAUAGCGACGCGGCUGUUCUUGUCGAUUCUGAUAAUCCAAAUACGCCAAGCGUUCCGACAGGACCUGUUUCGAAUUGGUGGCAAACCUCCCUUUUAACGCGCGUUCAGGCGCAGUUUGAACGUCUCCGUAGCCCAUCGCCCUACGAACGUCUGACAGGGGACGACGUUCUUUCUCGCCCGCCGUCGUAUCACGAAUCUCUGGUUUCACCUGCUGAGUCGGGUCACGAUAACGCUGGUGCAGAAAUAGAUCACCCUCCUUCAUAUCAAGUUUUCGUCAACAGACUACCCUCUUGGCGUCUUAACCAUAAUACAGGACGUUACGAGGAGGAAAAGCCACCGUCGUAUGAUGAAGUGGUGUAGCCGAGUGGACAGUGGCUUUAGCAUUUUUAUUAGAAUGUAGUGAGAACAAAAACACGAAAAGGAUUUUACUUCAUUCUGAAGUACAUGUGAGUACAGGGAUGACCAAACGUGAAUGAAGUACGAUGAUUCUAGAAUGUGAUAAAAGCGACUCUGAUUCUAGAAUGUUAUAAAAACGGCUCAGAUUCUAGAAUGUGAUAAAAGCGACUCUGAUUCUAGAAUGUUAUAAAAACGACUCAGAUUCUAGAAUGUGAUAAAAGCGACUCUGAUUCUAGAAUGUGAUAAAAGCGACUCGGAUUCUAGAAUGUAAUAAAAGCGACUCUGAUUCUAGAAUGUGAUAAAAACAAACUUUUAUACUAGAAUGUGAUAAAAGUAAACUCUGAUACUAGAAUGUAACAAGAGCAAACUCUGAUACUAGAAUGUCAUUAAAGCAAACGCUGACUAGAA